AGCAGGAAAUAUCAAUAUGAAUUUUCCGGUCUGUCUGUUUUGAUACCACUGUGUAAGGGAGUAGGAGAAGUGUACUUACUUUUCAUGUUAUUUCGCUUUUAUUUGGUUUGUUACUAUGAAACCAACGUAAACAUGUUGAUCCUGAUGUUCAGUCGUUGUCUCUUCUAUGCUGUUGGUUCUGUGAUAAAGACUUCUAUUCAUCAGUAUCCGUUAUUCAAUUCUUGUUUCUCCUAGUCCUAGUACAUCAUUCGUGGACUUCUAAGUAUUAAGUACUCUGAAGCGAUCAUCAUCAGAGCAGCUCUUCGUUCUUCUUGGUCCUAGUAGAUCACAAGAUCACAAAAAUGAGUGAUCCCGUUGAAGAUGUUGAUGCGCAAAGGCAGGCGCAAGAUGCAGGCACGAUGGCCCAAAUGGAAAGCCUUAGAGAAGAAGCGAAAGAAGCGAGAGCCAUAGGAUGCUUGGAGCCUAUACGUCCAGAUAAGAGUAGCAGCAGCGACGGAGCGAAAAGUUGUUAAGACUAUUCGAGCAUGUAGUGUAUUCGAUCCAUCUUUUUUCAAGCUGACGCUGCUGGUGAAUGUAGUCGUUCUUGUUCACUAAGGCGGAUGCGCACAACACUCACUACAGUAGAAAAAAGAUCCUACGAGUAUUUCUGCCUUCUGGCUUCAACUUCUAUCAAGUAUUCGAAAGGCGCUCAUCUAAAAAAACGCUUCUUCUAAAACGCUUCAUGUAUUCGAAAGACGCUCAUCUAAAAAAACCCUUUUUGUUAUAAGUUGUAUAAUGUUCUUUUCCGGUACUCAAAUUGGAGGACGCUCAAACGCUCCUUCUAAGUUCUUUUCCUCCAGGAAUUUGAGGCGGGUUCACUUUUCGCCCAAAAGGUAGACGCGCUGCCUUUUCGGCUACUGAGGAGAUGCCGCCGCGACGGGAAUUGCUUUUACCGGAGCUACCUUUUUGGACUCUUUCAUGGUACUAACGAGUUUUUCUCCUGAUAAAAUACCGCAAAGAUCAACAUCAAACAGUUGUACUCCCUCGUCAACCUAUCCUAUCCUAUCCUAUCCUAUCCUAUCCUAUCCUAUCCUAUCCUAUCCUAUCCUAUCCUAUCCUCGUAGAAGAUCAAACAGUACUGCUCCCAUGUCGUACAUCAACAGAAGUAUUUACAAUCUUCACGCUCAUAGUUUUCCACAACGAAGGUAUGUGCACGGACGUCGCCUUCCGAAAAAGGAUACGAACUUUGCUCGACAGCAGCUUGGCGUAUUGUGAGGCGGCUGGCUACGACCGUUUCGCCAUAGAGGAGAUGCAUGAGGAAUUGAUGGAAGUGCUCAAUGUUAUGGCCGUCACUAUCUUGAUCUUACUCUCUCUUACUGUAGUUUUUAGUCACUCUUUUUACUAUCUUGUUGUGUGGGUAGAAGGUAGUCACUAUCCUGUGUGAAAAGGUAAAGGUGGAGCUAAAAUCCUGAGUGGGAUUCUAUAUUUCUCGUGAUUGUGCGAGCACCACUCUGACUCUGAGAACUUGAAGAUUUUGAGAGGAAAAAACGAAGAGGGAGUCAGACUCAAGGAUCAUCCACUUCACCAUAGAUAAAAAUCAGAUUAGAAAUGUACGGCUACAACCUAGCUACCUUUAACAACGGCGUCUUCAAGGAUGUGGACACACCAGUAGACGUUGCGGAAGUAGAGAAGCUUUUUCAAAGCGACGAUAUGAACUAUCCGAUAUGCUUUUUCCGGUGUCUGACCAGCAGCUUCAUGAAACAGAAUAAAGACGACUUCUUGCCGUUUUUGACGAUGUACACGACAAUUCAGGCAUUUUGCAUGAGCGAGGUAUUAAUGCGUAUGUUUGGAUGUACUCCACGACAAUUCUUGAGGCAUUGAUUCUAUGUGAAGAUCGAGGUACUUACUUGAUUACUUAUAUAAAUAUGAUACGCCUACGCCUAGUUUUUUUUGCCCGUAAAACGGCGAAGGUCGUCUGGGUCCAGCGACGCUCACAGCACUUAAAGCAGCCGGCUUGUUUUCCUCUAUUUAGUACCUUUAGGCGAUCCCUUCUUCAUGAUGCAAGAUAAAUACUUGAAGAUGUGAUUUUUGUUCCUUCUACGAGUCCGUGUGUCCAUGUUCAUCUGUGAUACCCGAUCUAACGCCGAUCGUCCAGGUCGACCCCCUCUGGCGAGAAGCGGACGAGUUGCAGGUUCAAGCGCUUUGUCGGUACUUUGAGGUGCCAGCGCGAAUCUUCUACCUGGAUCAGAGUCCCGGAACAGCCUGCACUAUCCACGAGCUGCUGUUUGGGCAGGCUACGUCACGGAUUGACUUCCUCUACAGGCCAGGACACUAUGAAUUGCUGUAUGAUCCGUGUUAGAUCUACAACGAGGUGGAGAUGGACACACUCGUGGUCCCCAAGGCAAAGAUUGCUGACACCACGAAGAACAUGAUGAAGUUGUAUGCUUUUCAUCCACUUCAUCAGCCUCUCUUAUUUCCUAUAUCUGUAGUUGCCACGUCACCUGAAAGAUGAAAUACAAGAUCAUGAUUGUCUACAAUUUUUUGAGAACACCAACACUUGUUGCGAGGACGCCUGGAGGUGGCUUCUUCGAUGUCGUG